AUGCUAAAUGAUGGAUUCUCGCGAGAAUUGUGUGAAAAAUUUCGCGAUGGAUUUCCUGAUGAUUGGAAAGAGACAUUAUUGCGCGAGUUCACGGGCGACCCACGUUCGAAUUCGACUAGACAGCCAACGGUGGUUGCACAUGACAAUGAGGAAGAGAAUGAUCCAUCAUGUACAACUGUUAUUGAAUCCUUUUUUUUGUCGCGUAAAACUGUCGUCGAGGAAAACGGUUCAAUAACAGUUGCACAUGAAGAGAUAGCAGCAACGCAUGACAAACAGUCAAACGACGCUGAGAAUUCAAGAGAUGAUAUCAUCGGCGCGCAGUCAAACGGGAGCGACGAUGAUAAUGUUGAUCGCGACACUAUCUUGUGUGAAACUAUGGAACCUGUGAUUUUUACAGAUUCAAUUCUUGAUGAGUCAACACAAGACGCGAAGGAUGUUCAAAACGUGCAAGAUAUUCAAGAUGUGCAGAAUGAACAACAGGACACACAAGAUCUACAGCAAGAGGCACAAGAUCUGCAGAAAGAGACGCAAGAUGUACAACAAGAUAUACAAGAAGAAGCACAUGAUUCACGACAUGACGCUCAAGAUAUACAACAAUGCGCACAGGAUAUAAUACAUGACAUAAAGGAUGUACAAGACGUUCAAGACAUUCAGUGCCUUCGAGGUGUUCAAGGUGUCCAAGACACUCAAAACACCCAACUUGGCAACAAAAGGUUUGGUCGAAAUGGAGAAAAGAAUUCGGUGAAUCCAAUAGGGGAUAUCUCUAAGAAAGGAUCGAAAGUCGUGGCUAUAUCAUCAUUCGGUCGUCGCGUUCGUAAGCCAGGUUCAUGGUGGGCAGUUAACCCAGAAUCCAAUCAAGAAAUGGAAAAGAUCACGUCAAAAAAGCGAACAUUAUCUGACGCGCAUCGAGGAAGCGUAGGAAACCUGACUCCGAGCACAGAUAGAUCAACCGGAAAACGUCAAUGUAACGAAGAAUCUGGUAUAAUACUGACGAUACCUUUGUCCAUUUAA